CUUACGAUGGAAAGGCUGGUUGUCUAUCUACUGGUUAUUAGCACAGCCGUGAAGGCCAUGAUGUGUCCCAAAAGAUGCAUGUGUCAAAACCUGUCUCCAUCCUUCACAAUUCUCUGUACGAAGACGGGGCUUCUCUUUGUGCCCCCCAGUAUUGACAGGAGAACAGCAGAACUAAGGUUAAUGGAUAACUUUAUCACUACUCUUAGGAGAAAAGAUUUUGCAAACAUGACUAAUCUAAUUCAUUUGACACUAUCGAGGAAUACAAUAAGUCAAAUCAUGCCUUAUGCAUUUUUUGAUCUUAAAGGCCUUCACGCCUUACACUUGGAUAGUAAUAGACUAACUUACAUCAAUGAAGAUCAUUUCAAAGGUUUGAUUAACCUUCGGCAUUUAAUACUCAGUAACAAUCAAUUAAACUAUAUCUCUCCUGGGUCAUUGGAUGACUUUACUGAAACAAUUGAAGACCUGGAUCUGUCCUACAACAAUCUCGUUAACGUUCCUUGGGAAACAAUUGCCAAACUUUCUAAUGUCAAUACGGUCAGUUUGGAUCAUAAUCUCAUUGAGUUUGUGCCAGAGGGAAUCUUCUCAAACCUUCACAAACUUGCCCGUCUAGACAUGACCUCCAACAAGUUGAAAAAGAUCCCUCCCGAUCCUUUGUUUUCCAGAAUACCCGUGUACGCCAAGUCUAAAGGAUCUCCGCUGUCGUCCCUGGUGCUUAGCUUCGGAGGGAAUCCUUUGCACUGCAACUGUGAACUCGUGUGGCUGAGACGUCUCACCAGAGAAGAUGAUCUAGAAACCUGCGCCUCUCCACCAGAACUGAUGGGCAAAUACUUUUGGUCUAUUAAAGAGGAGGAAUUUGUCUGUGAACCCCCGAUGAUAACGCACCGAACCCCAAAACUAACAGUGACAGAAGGCCAAAGCGUCUCUUUGAAGUGUAAGGCUGUUGGCGAUCCAGAUCCCUACGUUCGCUGGAUCUCACCCGAUGGGAAGCUGGUCUCUAACACGUCUAGGACGAUUUCUUACGAGAAUGGUACUCUGGAUAUUUUGGUUACUUCUUUGACUGACAAGGGCACGUUUACCUGCAUAGCAUCAAAUGCUGCGGGAGAGUCGACGGCUCCGGUCGAACUCCUCGUUACCCCGUACCCUAACCUUGCUAACAGCACCAACUGCGAUAAAGACGCGGAGCCUGGCCCCUCAGAUAUUCUCAUAUCUGCCAAGUCGAGCUUUCCGAACGAAACGAAGUCUCAGCAGGAGAAGGUGGUUGUGGUUGCUGAGCUGACGUCGUCCUCUGCUCUCAUCCAGUGGCCUUCUCAGCAUCACCUCCCCGGGAUUCGCAUGUACCAGAUUCAGUAUAACAGUUCUGCUGACGACAUACUAGUGUACAGGUAA